UUUUCAGUCCCUCCUCCUCCUCCUCUCCUCCCCCUUCGCGAGCCCCGGCUUGUGUCACUGGCUCUGACGACAGCAUCCUCCCCCGCAUCCCGUCGCCAUGGCAACCUUUUGUUACCUCCAACGCUUGAGUGGUCCAGGAGGGGAGGGGGCUGGCAAGGGUGGUAUAUAGGCAAUGCUGGGGGGGAGCCAGGGAAGGAAACUCCUGAUCCCCACCCAGAAGGAAAGAGGCGCUGGGAGAGGAGAAGCAAGGCCGGAGAAAAAAAAUCUAUAUAGAGAUAUAUAGUAUUUAUUAAAAUAGAUUAUAGAUACACCUGUAAAGGGAGAUCUGUUUGGAAGCAGAGAAGAAGGGGAUUACGAGAUCGAUCGGAAACAGAGACAUUCAGACGUCUUCUCGCCUGUUAGCCUCCUUCCUCGAAACCAUUUAGGUGGGCCAGAGAGGGUUUCUUUCGUGGGGAGAGUUUUUGAGAGCUGUUCUCAGAGCUUCCAUUGAAAGACAGCACUGCCUGCUGUUAUGUACGCUGAACCAUCCGCCAUGAAUUUCCGGAACCACGGCUUCUUCCGCCGUUCUCCGCCUCCUUCUGUGGCCAAGCCUGCCCCUGCUGCUGGGAACACUCUGUCCGUCUUAGGAGGCAUCGCUCAGAUCUCCCCUUGCCUCUACCUCUCCUCCGGCAAUGCUGCGUCCAACAGGCACAUGGUCUACUCCAGGGCAGUGACUUGCGUCGUGAACGCCACCAUGGAAAUCCCCAACGCCAACUGGCCAGAUAUUGACUACGUCAAGGUGCCUGUCCCCGACCUCCCUCACGCUCCACUGUCCUUGUACUUUGACUCUGUGGCCGACAGGAUACACCAGACGGGGAAGAAGAAUGGAAGAACCCUUGUCCAUUGCGUGGCAGGGGUCAGUAGAUCCGCCUCCCUCUGCAUCGCCUACUUGAUGAAAUACCACCGGUUGAGUCUCUUGGAUGCCCACGAGUGGGUGAAGAGCAGGCGACCCGUCGUAAGGCCCAAUGUCGGUUUCUGGAGACAACUCAUUGAGUACGAACGCAAGCUGUUUGGCAAGAACACAGUCAAGAUGGUACCGUCACCCAUUGGCUUGGUCCCAGAUAUCUACGAGAAAGAGACCCGGGGGCUGGUCCCCCUGUGGAACUUAAGAUAGACGCUGGGCAACUUUGGGAAUGUGGUUGGGUGACGCGGGCUGCUUGAAUUUAGGAUCAAAACGUUCCACCAUGUUCGGACCACUACUAAGAACUUCCAGCAUGGUGGACUUUGGUAAGAAAAUGCUGUUACGAUAGUCUUUUUUUGUGAGACCUUGCAAUAUGAUUAGAUCAUGAAAAAGACCUUGAGUUGCUUGGCCAUUUCAGUGUGAAUGACUGGUUCCGCCAUGUCAAAUGUUACUAAGAACUUAUAUAGUUUUGCUUGUAUCAAGAGAAGGUUAAUAGCAGAAUAUAGGCAGUAAAUAUAUUUAUCUAAAGCAGAGCUUCGAGAUCUGAAUAAAUUGACCCUCCCUUUGUGAGGAGGAAAGGGAGAAAAAUAA